AUGCAAUCUGUGAAAGUCGUGAUCGUCGGUGGCGGUGCAGCGGGUCUGGGUGCUGCGAAAACAUUCGGUUUAGAUGUUGAUUAUUUACUUGUUGAAGCUCAAAAUUAUCUUGGAGGUCGCAUUCGUACGGUUGACGUAGCUCCGAAUGUCGCUGUUGAUUUGGGAGCUCAAUUCAUUCACGGAAAAGUGAACAAUAUUGUCUAUGAUGUUUGUCAAAAUCUGAAUUGUAUCAUGCCUGAUUCCACAGGUGAAUUUGAUAUGUCAACAGACACGUUGGUACUGACAUCGAAUCAAACGGUCAUCGAUUCGAACCUGUUCGAUAAGGCUACUGUUGUCUGGCAAGCAAUUCUUGAAGAAGCUGCAGCUUUCUUCGAGAAAAAGACACGUACAUCACAUCAUUCGCUCUCGGAUUAUUUAGUAGAACAUUUUAAGAAACGUCUGUCCAUAGCGUUGGGUUAUUCAGAUGAUAUUAUUGAUGCAUUCAUCGAUUAUUUCAAUCAAAUAGAAUUGAUUGAUAACGGUUGCUCAAGUUUAUCCGAUCUUAGUCUUGCAGAUUACGGUUCAUUUGAAUACCUCGAUGGAGACUAUGCAUAUGAAUUUCAGAAUGGUGGAUAUCGCUCGUUUAUUGCCUAUAUGAAAUCAUUUCUACCUGAUGAGAAGCGAGUACGCUUAAAUUCCGAAGUGGUCAGAGUAAAAUAUCUUCAAGAUAGUCAUCGAUUACAAGUCGACAUUCGCGAUCUAAAUCAUUCAUCUGAAAAUGAAAUUACAACGAUUCUCUGUGAUCAUGUGAUCUGGACGAGUUCAUUAGGGUAUUUAAAAGAAAACUUUUCGUCGAUAUUCGCCACGGAGAAAGAACUUCUCGAGCAAAAACGUCAGGCAGUAGAAAAUCUUGGAUUUGACACAGUUAAUAAAGUUGUUUUGGUCUACGAGAAGAGUUUUUGGCCAGAAGAUGUGAAAGAAAUGAUUCUUUUACAUACUCAAAAAUCAUUACCGAUACCUUUAUCUGAAUCAUUGAACGAUCUGACCGAUAUACGAACAAUCGUUGAAGCGAUUCAUCGGUACGAUGUCUUACCAUCAACAGAUACACCUGUUCUAAUCUGUUGGUUCGGUGGGCCCGCAGCAGUAUUAAUAGAGAACUUUUCGAAUGAAAUCAUCGGACAGAUCUGCCACGAGGUGCUGUGUUACUUUCUGAAUAUCUCGUCGAAAUCAAAUCUACCAAUUAACAUCGUAAAAAGCGGAUGGCAUACGAAUAGAUUUGUUCGUGGUUCCUAUUCAUAUUAUUCGACGAAAUCAACAAAAAAAGAUGGAGAGCUUUUAAGCACACCAUAUGCACCAGAUGGGAUACCUCGUAUACAAUUUGCUGGUGAAGCAACACAUGAAAAAUUUUACUCGACUGUUCAUGGCGCGUUAGAAAGUGGCAUUCGUGAGAGUACGAAACUGUUAUCAGUAAUAAAGAAAUAA